AGGUUGGAGUGAUUGGUCUAACUGGUCUGAGUGUGGAGUGGACUGUUCCAUGUGGCGCAGUAGAGAGUGCACCCAGCCCUCGCCUGGCACCGGGGGCAAAGACUGCCAGGGCAUCGACCUCCAGUCACUCAACUGUACCAGCCAACAGUGUCUACAGACUGCCGAUGGAGUUGAGGAUGUAGCCCUGUAUGUGGGUAUUGUAGCCGUAGCUCUCUGUCUGACCCUCAUACUCAUCGUGGUGGUCCUGGUCUACCGCCGUAAGAAGGAGGGUCUGGACGCUGACGUAGCGGACUCGUCCAUCCUGACCACAGGCUUCCAGCCUAUGGGCAUCAAGCCUAGCAAGCCAGAGAACUCUCAUCUACUUACCAUCCAGCCUGACCUAACCACCACCACUACCAGCUACCAAGGAACCCUGCGCUCACGUCAUGACGGCACCACACACACCGGCACCGCUAAGUUCUCAAUGACCAACGGUCCGCUCCUGGACCCUUUACCCAACGGGUCGCACCACACCUUACACAAUGGGAAGAUAACCUCUGACCCUGCCGAGUUUAUGACCCGGCUGUCCAAUCAGACGUACUUCAAGACGUUGCCGCGGGACAUCGCUAACACAUCGUAUGGGACAUUCAACUUCCUGGGGGGUAGACUCACCAUCCCCAACACAGGCAUCAGCCUGCUUAUCCCUCCAGAGGCCAUCCCCAGGGGAAAGAUCUAUGAGAUAUAUCUCACCGCUCAGAAGAAAGAAGAUUUAAGGUUACCCUUGGUGGGCUGCCAGACCCUGCUGAGUCCCAUAGUGAGCUGUGGUCCUCCGGGGGUGGUUCUGACGCGGCCCACCAUUCUCAGCAUGGACCAUUGUUCUGACGCCUGUCCUGAGAACUGGGCCAUCAGGCUGAAGAAACAGAACUACGAAGGCGUCUGGGAGGAUGUGUUAAUGAUGGGUGAGGAGUUGAUCUCAGAGCCGUAUUACUGUCAGUUGGAGGCAGAGACGUGCAGAGUGUUCUCAGAGCAGUUGGGUCGUUUCUCUCUGGUGGGAGAAUCUCUAAACAUGGCCGCGGCUAAGCGUCUCCGCCUCGUGCUCUUCUCUGACGCAUACUGCUCUACCCUGGAGUAUAACAUCAGAGUCUACUGCAUGGAUGAUACACAAGAUGUCUUCAAGGAGGUGAUGCAGAUGGAGAGACAGCUAGGAGGUCGUCUGAUUGAUGAGCCCCACGUCCUGCUGUUUAAAGACAGCUACCACAACCUGCGCCUCUCCAUCCACGACAUGCCCCAGGCACACUGGAGGAGCAAACUACUGGCUGGGUACCAGGUGAGUUACGGUCAGGGUUAA